AUGUACCAAACACCCAUCCACCAGCCGAUCAGCAGGAACACCUCGCCCGCUCCUGGGAUCAUGAACCCCCAGGCAGGAUACGGUUAUCCCGCUCCGAUUGCGCGCCCGAUCAGCAGAGCUGCGUCGCCCAUCCCGCCUGGCGGCAUCGCAAGUCACCGGUCACCUAUGCAGCCCGAUCCGCAAGCCUACGGCGGAUAUGGUGCACCUGUUCAUGGGUACGCUGCACCCAUCGCCCAGCGUCCCCUCAGCCGGGGGCCGUCACCAGCACCUCCAGGUGUUAUCGCUGGCCAUCGGUCGCCGAUGACGGACUUCCAGGUGGAGAAGAGAGCGAGGUCGCCGAAUCCUUAUGGACGCACGCCCCUGGGCCAGCCGGAGCCGACGGUGUAUAGGGAUGAGCUAGUAUAUCGCGACCAUGUGUCGGCGCUCAUCGCGGCGAAGGACACGCAAUUUGGGGUUAAUGGGAGGAUUCCGGUCGAUCCCGCACAGCUCGUGUUAUUCUUCAGGUCUAAGACUGGGAUUACCCAUUCUCUCGACUUCCCGGUGGAUGUUGCCUAUAACACACCUCCAGCCCUGGAUGUGCUCAUUGCAGCCUGCAGGCCCCAUCCUACAUCCGAUUACGACUCAUAUGGUGCUCGCGAAGGUCUUUUCUACCCAACCAACCUGCCCCUGACGGCCUCACUCGAGAUCGCCAACUACCCUAUUCUCGAUGCUAUCCGUAGUUCUCUCUUCCCGAACCUACCUCCUGGCCAAUACCUCACAGCCUUGAUCGAUCGCCUGGACGUUGUUGAAAGCGGCAGCCACUUGACGAGGCACUCACCUGCGCAACUGAGAAACGACGAGCGCGCCGCGACGAUCGUUGUCACUUUGCCAGUACGCUUCCGGGGUGGCGCGAUCGUUGUUCGCGAUUCGCAAGGACGAGAAGAGCGGUUCAUUGGCGGAGGAGGAAAAAAUGCAGACAUCGACUGGGUAGCCUUGCGUGCUGACUGCACCUACGAGGUCGAGCCCGUGCAAAAGGGAAUCCAGCUGUCGAUCUCAUAUGGAGUUUUCAUCAGGUCGUUUGGCCCAGCGAGCCCAAAUGCAGAUACUCUUGUCACCCCAACAGACAGAUUCUUCGAUUUAUUAUCGCCGAUUUUAAACAUGUCGCGAGGACGAACCAUUGCAUUCUGCCUCAAUUACGACUACACCGUAAACCCGGCUGAGGUUGUGGCGAAUACUGUUGUCACCCAGUUGAAAGGUGCUGAUGCCCUCCUCUACGACGCCUUCAAAUUCCAUAAGCUUGCUCCUGAACUACACUGGACGGCAGGUGGUUACGUCUGGCCUCAGGACCAUACCCUCGAAUUCUUCGGCGAUGACGUCGCCCAGCGACCACCCAACCCUCGCGGGAGCCCCAAUAUCAACAGGUCACCCUUCGGUGGCCCUCGGGGUGGUGCUAACAUCCCUCCUGUUCGGGGUGCCUUUGGUACCUACGGUGGCAACCCAACGGCGCCGUACAACAACGAGGAAGAGACAGAUACCCUUCGGGCGAGGGUGGAAGGAAGUGGGGCGGUGUCUCUUGAAGCGGCCAACAUUACACUGUUGACCGAUUUCAAUAAUCCUGCGCCGACGAUUGGGCGUGAGCGCGUUUAUUUCGUGUCAAAUGGAGAGUUGGAAAAGCUUGUGGUCAACAUCCUGCUGGUGGUUUAUAUUCCUUGA